GAGCUUUGAAUCAAUAAUCAACUCAAUUUUUUUUUUUUUCAAAAUUUCCUAUAUAUAUAUAGAUUUAAAUAUAUACAUUUAAAUUAUUGAUAGAUCAGUUGGUUUGCUUAGUCAAAAUUAAUGUGAGACAUGACACUUGGACUCUUCGUCGCACCGCUGUUACGCAACUCGUUUUUAUAGAAAUCAUUCGGUAUUUCAGUGUGAGGUAAUGAGUGAAUUAGAUUCUAGGCGCCUGCCACGUUGGUGGUCGGGCGGGGUAUGUUCCGCGAUGGCUGUGACGACGACACAUCCGCUGGAUUUGGUAAAGGUUCAAUUGCAGACACAGUCGAAGCGGGUGCCCGUUUCGCAUCUGAUUGCGAACAUUUAUAAGAAUUCGGGCAUCCUGGGCUUUUACAGUGGCAUUUCGGCCUCGUGGUUUCGUCAGCUCACCUACACCACGGCCCGCUUUGCGCUGUACGAAUAUGGCAAGAACUUUGUAGAUGCCAACAAUAUGUCAGCAAAGUUCCAGUUGGCCACAUUUGCGGGCUUCUUUGGCGGAAUUCUGGGCGUGCCGGGUGAUGUGGUGACAGUGCGGUUACAGAAUGAUUCCAAGCUUCCACCGGCCGAGCGUCGCGGCUAUAAGCACGUUUUCGAUGGCCUUUAUCGGAUCGCGAAGGAGGAGGGGGUUAAGAAUCUAUUUCGCGGCACAGUGCCAGCCGUGUCGCGGGCCGUAUUUUUAACAAUUGGCACCAAUGCCGCUUAUGACCAGGUUAAGCAGGUUUUGCAGCGCGAGAUGGGCAUGAAGGAGGGACUGCCAUUGCAUUUUCUAACAUCCACAGUAGCCGGUUUUAUUGGCACACUAAUGACACAGCCCAUCGAUGUGAUGAAGACAACCUAUAUGAAUGCGCCGCCCGGUGAAUUUAGUGGUCUGGGCGCUGUCAUUGUGCACACGAUGAAGCAGGGUCCAUUAGCUUUCUACAAGGGCUUCGUACCGGCUCUGUUGCGCAUCAGUCCGAAUACGAUAAUCACCUUUAUGUUGUAUGAGCAGGCGCGUCUGCGCUUUGGCUAUCUGCCGCCCGACACCUCGAGCUCAGACAAAAAAUCCAAAUAGAUGGUAUUUAUAUAUGGAGAUAUAUAUAUAUGUACAUGAUGUCCAAAAUGUGGCCAAUCUGAAGAUGCAAUUGGGGAUGUCAUGCCGCUGCAUCAGCAAUUGCAGCAGUUGGCUGGAGUUGCGCAUAUUUUCUCAUGGCCAAACUGGACUGCAGUGGGCAACUGCAAACGGAAGCUGAAGACUGUGGGCAGAGAAAUUAUGUUCCCGAAUAGAAUCUAUAUAUCCAAUAUCUGUGCUGCCCGAGCUGUUGACUAACUAUUCGAAGUUUACGUGCUGAUCGAAUUCUGAUUUUAAAGUAUUGGGUGGCACAUCCGAUAGUGAAUGAGCAACGGCAAACAUAAUGUUGUAGAAUCAAGAAGCUUCAGAAGAUGUUUUAUAUAUUCACAAAAUUUUACAAGACGUGAACUAAAGGAAACAGACCGCAAAAAAAGGAAGAAGAAAGAGAUAAACAAUCACAACAUUAUGGUAUUUUAAUAAAAGUCAUUUUGGACUUUAGCCGACACUCUGGCUGCCAUGUCAGCUAGAUUGUCUGCGGCAUUUAAA